AUCGUCAGCCUCUUCCUUAAGUUCUCAUAUAAACAGCAGCCAGAUAGCGUACGAGUGCAAGACCAAAUCGACCCAGUAUGACCAGAGAACUCUCCAGCGACGCCGUGAUACUCGUCACAGGCGGCACAGGUCUCGUUGGAAGCGCCAUUAAACAUGUUAUCGAGACUGAACCAGAGAACUCGAGAUUUGGCAAACGAUCUGGUGAGACGUGGGUGUUUGCCAGCUCGUCUGAAGGGGAUCUGAGGGACCCCGCACAGACGCGCAAGUUGUACGAAAAGUACAACCCUACGCAUGUCAUCCACCUUGCUGCUCUAGUCGGUGGUCUCUUCAAGAACAUGAAAUACAAACUCUCCUUCCUUCGAGAUAACAUCCUAAUCAACGACAACGUCCUGCACUCGGCCUACGAACACAAAGCGCAGAAAGUCAUCUCGUGUCUCUCUACAUGCGUGUUCCCGGAUAAAGUGGAGUAUCCCCUUGAUGAGACCAAGAUCCAUGAUGGACCGCCGCACGAGAGUAAUUUUGGGUAUGCGCAUGCGAAGAGGAUGGUGGAUGUUCAGAAUCAUGCCUACAAGGAGGAGUUUGGGUGCAACUUUACGUCUGCGAUCCCUACGAACGUCUUCGGGCCUCACGAUAACUUUGACCUAGAAGACUCCCAUGUUAUCCCCGGUCUAAUGCACAAAUGCUACCUCGCAAAGAAGAACGGCACACCCUUCGUAGUCUCGGGAAGCGGUAAACCCCUGCGUCAAUUCAUCUUUUCCUACGACCUCGCCAAACUCUUCAUCUGGAUGCUGAGAGAGUACGAUGAUGUCGAGCCCUUGAUUCUAUCUGUGGGGGAAGAUGAGGAAGUGAGCAUUAAAGAGGUAGCGGACGCCAUUGUCAAAGCUAUGGACUUCAACGGCGAAUACAGUUUCGACACCUCAAGGGCUGACGGCCAAUUCCGCAAGCCCGCGUCGAAUAAGAAACUGCUCUCUCUAAUCGGUGAUUUCGAGUUCACUCCAUUCCAGCAAGCUCUGGAUCUCACCGCCAAAUGGUUCUUGGAGAACUACGACACUGCACGCACGGGCUUGAACAAAGAAAUCAAAUCGAAGCCACCCGCGUAA